ACUCAGCAUGGCGGGCAUGUGGAAGUUAGCUGGACCUCUGUCGACUGUAGCUACAGGUGCUGGUGGCAUUUUCUUGUUGAGAAACUACUUCGCUGGAGGAGUUUGUCACAGUAAAGCGAAACUACAUGGUAAGACAGUAAUCGUCACAGGAGCAAACACAGGAAUAGGGCGAGAAACAGCCUUAGAUCUCGCCCAGAGGGGCGCCCGGGUGAUCCUGGCUUGCCGAGACCUCGACAAGGCAAACGCUGCUGCUAAUGAAAUACGAAAAACAACAGGAAAUGACAAGGUCUUCGUGAAAGAACUCGACCUUGCUUCGCUCAAGUCUGUGAGAAAAUUCGCGGAGGAAUUCCACCAAACUGAAGAUCGACUGGACAUUCUUAUCAAUAAUGCAGGCAUCAUGCGUUGUCCAUAUUGGAAAACAGAAGAUGCCUUUGAGAUGCAACUCGGCGUCAAUCACUUGGGCCACUUCCUUCUUACAAAUCUUAUGUUAGAUAUGCUGGAAAGAUCGCAGCCAAGUCGCAUCAUAAAUGUCAGCUCUCUAGCGCACGUGAGAGGGAAAAUACGCUUUGAUGAUUUGCAAAGUGAACAAGAGUACAGCCCAGGUUCUGCCUACUCACAGAGUAAACUUGCUAAUGUCUUGUUCACUCGCGAACUGAGCAAACGGCUGGAUGAUACCGAUAUUUUAGUCGCUGCUGUACACCCUGGUGUUGUGAAAACCGAAUUGGGUCGUCACACAUCUUUUGCGAAGUCCAAACUCGCAGGUUUGAUUUUGGCACCUCUCGCUUGGCUUUUUUUCAAAACUUCUCUUCAGGGAGCACAAACAACAAUUCAUUGCGCCGUGGCAGAUGAUGUAGAGUCUGGACUGUAUUACAGUGACUGCAAGCCUAAGGAACCGGCGGCUCAGGGAAAAGAUGAUGGAGCAGCCAAAAAACUGUGGGAAGUUAGUGCACAUUUGGUUGGUCUAGAAAAAACUAUUUGAAAGCGUGCAUCCAUGCAGUGACACUACUUACAAAGUAAAAUGCUUUUUAUUAAGCUUUAAAUAUCUUGAAAAUGUAGAACAUUUUGUUGCUGUGACAGGUGCACCACAAGACAUAUGUUUAACUCUUAACUCCAAGGAAUGACCAAAAAAGAAAAUUUUCUUUUCAGUUUCAGUAUGUUUUCUUCAUGAAAAGGGAUGUGAGAAGAAAUCAAAAUAUUAGUUGGCAAUAUAGAAUGAGUUAACAACAAAUUCUUAGAGUUAAAAUGGUAAAAAAUGUAUGCUAGACAAUACAGAGAAUUUAUAUAUCAAUCUUCAGAGUGAAAUAGUUAAUUUAAGAUGACCCAGAUAGUGUGACAGUGAAGUGAGGAAUUCUCUCAUGUUAUGUUUCUAUUUCACUAUAGCUCAGGUUAUCAAAGAGCUGGCAUGAUCCUGGAGUUUAAUUUUUUUUUUCUGUUAACUUCUGUGCACCUCCGUUCAGAGGUAGUGUGUGACCUGCUGGGCAGUCAUCUUUUUUUUGUGUUUUUAGAUGAGCAGAGGUAAGUGCAAAAUGGGUGGGGUGGGUAAGUCAGAUGUCUCACCCCCCUCUCCUGUUAGACCCACCCUAUAUGCUUGCCAAUGCUUUACGAAAAAUGCUGUAAGAGGGAGAAGCUUGUUGUGCCAUUUUACAACAGAGUGAUCCAUUACCUUUUUCAAAGUUUUUGAGAUUUUAUUGCUAAUCACACUCAAAUGACAAAAAUGUAUAUUUAUUUUGAAUAUGUAAAUCAACUUUACUUUCUUUGUUUAUUGGAAUAUUUUUUUGCAAAUGUUA